AUGAACUUCAGUUUGGGCCAGCUGUAUGACCAAUUCACUAUCCGUCCGAAGGAAAUGACGGCAUGGGAGAUGGAAGAUUGGAUAGAUGAAAAGUCGAAAAGAAGUGGAAGAGGAUAUUAUAUACCUAAAGGCGAAAUUUUUUGUCGUGCGCUUAAUAAGGAUGGGAGUCUAUGUAAACUCACGAAAAGAGUCGGCCCUAAGAAUAUUUUGGCUCAUUGCAUCAGAAAUCAUGCGAUUGAAUAUCAUGGAUUGGCUCCUCGCAAAUCUGACAUAACAAAAGAAUAUGGGACUUGGGAGGAGUUGACAUUCGUGAUCAAGGUUAAUGAUCUGCUUGAAAAGCAGCUUGAGACUGAGAAGGUCACCCAAGUUCAACAGUCAAGUAAUGCUAGUGGAGCUACUGAACAGCAUGAUUUAGCUUUAAUAAGUUUGAAACGACCCCGCACAGAUGUGUCUUCAACCACAAGUGGAGGGAAGGCUAUAGGGGCCAAAUCGAUUGCCGCCAUGGGGAAAGCCCCUGAAAUGCAGACUGGAAGGCAAAAGAUAGUGUCUCCUCGUAGGGAAGGUAUUGGAAAGCGGGCUAUAACGGUGGAGAGAACGACACUAUCGGCUGGCGGAACAAUUGAGAAUCCCCAGCGAUAUGCUGAUUUCAAAUCAGCUUUGAAGAGACAUGACACUUUGACUUUCGAUGUACAUCGUGCUCCAGCAGAUAUCAAGGGUACCAUAAGAACGACGAGCGGUACAGCAAGCCGAAGAGAAGUGGCCAGAAAUCGAAUUAGUCAUGUCUUUCAAUAG